AUGUCGGAAUCCACAGCGAGCAUUAUCAAAGAAUAUGAAAAUUGCAAGGGAGGGUUCACGCCCAUGAAAAUUCCCAUUGCUAAGGCAAAAAAUGCUACCUUGUGGGAUAUGGAUGGCAAGAAGUACAUCGAUUUCCUGUCUUUUUUUGCCGUUACCAAUAUGGGACAUGCACACCCGAAAAUUGUUGAUGCGGCAUGCGAAGCGAUACGUUCGUGCCCAAUGGUCAACACAGCAUUGAUCAAUCCCAGUUAUGCACGUUUAGCGUCUAAAAUUCAUGAAUAUCUGGGAUAUGAGAGAAUUGUUUGCAUGUGUACUGGGGCAGAUUGCACGGAUGCAGCAACAAAGAUAGCACGAAAAUGGGGAUAUCAGAAAAAAAAGAUUACUCCCGGCAAUGCUUUUGUUCUGACGACCACUGACUGUUAUCAUGGAAUUACAAUUUCCACACAUUCUCUUGCUAGUACUCGGAAAACGUGGUUUGAGCCCUAUGUACCAUCUGUUGGCCCGGUGUCUCCAUCAGGUGUGACUGUGCGGUACGGGAAUAUAGAUGAUCUCAGAGAGGCGUUGGAGGAAGACAGCGAGACUAUAGCAGCUUUUAUGGUGGAACCCAUUCAAGGCUCAGCAGGAAUUGUGACUCCUCCAGCAAAUUAUUUGAGGGAAGCUUACCUGCUGUGUAAAAAAUACAACGUUCUUUUCAUUGCUGAUGAGGUUCAAACUGGACUUGGAAGAACAGGAGAACUUUUACAAUCUUGGGCUUCUGGAAUAAAGCCAGAUCUCGUCUGUCUUGGAAAAGCAUUAGCAGGUGGUGUUGCACCACUUUCUGCUGUCUGUGGUAACCCUGAUGUGAUGGAUCUCAUUGAAGAAGGAGACAUAGGAUCUACCAUGGCAGCAAGUCCUCCUGCAACCUCCGCUGCUGUUGCUGCUCUGGAGGUUUUAGUUGAGGAAAACAUAUCCAAAAUGUCGGCCAGAAAAGGUACGCUAUUGCGAGAGCUCAUGCUAGAGGAAGAUUUGGAACAAAUUAUUGACAUGAGUGGAAGUGGGAUGUUAAGCGCGGCUGUACUCAACCCUAAAUUUUUGUCUGAUAGUUUUAGUGGACGAAAACUUCAGGAACUAUGUGCUGAAAAUGGCUUAAUAGUCAAUAGUGCAGCAGGAGGAACUCGAGUCAGAAUAUGUCCACCCCCUACGAUUGAAGAUGAAUUACUGAUCCAGGGUGUCAAAAUAUUUGCAAAAUGCGUCCGAGAGCUAGCUGCAGUCAAACAGUAG